CACAAGAUUUGUAGCAGAAGGGAAGUGUUGUCCAAGUACCUGGACUGGUGACAGUGUGGCCAGUUUGAUUAUUGUCCUUUUCCAUUGUGUCCUGAUAAUGUUCUUCUCUAUGGACUGUGGCCACCUUUGUGAGCAUCCCUGCAGGGCAUCUGAGUAGGAUAGCAGAUGCAUGAUGGGCCAGACUUCCUGGUAAAUAUGUAUUUUUCUUCCUUCAUAACUGGCAAAAAUCUUGUGGGAAGAAAAUCUGUCCGACACUUCAGUUUUCUGGCAUUCCAUCAGAGUGGCCAUGUUUUUGUAAACAUCUGAGAUGUUUCAGACGGAAAUCAAGUUCAUGAUGGAAUAAAAUGUGAACUAUUUGGGCCAAAACGCAGCAAGCUGUCAGCAGGGUUGCAAGCUGCUGUAAUGGAGCCAUCAAUGCCUUUGAAUUCCUUAGGGGAGCUUUUCGAGUGAGGCUGGAACUUUGGUGACUUACAGGAACUUUAAAGAUUAAAUCCACACCAGUAAAUCUGACAGUGAAUAUCCUUUUAUCAAAUUUUUAAUCCAUUUUUUGAUCAUUUCUGCUGCUAGCAGCUAAUGCCUAAUACUAUAUUGUUUUCCCAGAAUGCUCUGUGAUGGGCUGUCAACCAAUUGCAGGUUGUUCCGUCAUUGUUUCAUGCUUUAUCAAACUGCAAAUGCCUUAACUCUUAGGUCAUUUUUAGAUGUGAUAGUCCGGGGGACUCGGUCCGUUUUGGAACAGAAAUUGCAACAUUGUUGCACUUUCCUUUGAUUUGAUUUGCAUUCGCACUGCUCUUGGUCAAACGGACCAAACUGUCUGAACACCUACAACCUCUGCCCAUUUGGAGCGCUGUCGUCACAAACAAACGUUGACCAAGAAGAAAGAAAGCGUUGAAGAAAACGAAACCGGAAAUCCAUCUCCUUCCGUCUGUCUUCUUUUCCACAUAAACAAUGAAAAAACACAGCAUUUACACCAUCUUGGGGUUUCUGCUUUUGCACUGGGUCAUUACGAGCAACCAGCGAGGUGGUGAGCUAUCCAGCAUGUCAUUCUUUACACGAGACGAAUAAAUCAGCACCGACUACGACGUGUUGCUAUGGCUACACAGACGCCAAGCGAGGUUGGUCUGCUUUGCUUUCACACCUCAAACAAACCGCACCAGGGUUUUUUUGGAAGUGGACCGAGACCUGUUUUCAAGCUGACCACAAUCCGCUUGUUUGGUCCGCACCAAAGUACGUGUGAGCUUUCACACCACUCCAAGCGAACCGGACUAUCCAGGAAAACAGACCAGAGUUCGUUCAAAGAGGACUAAACAGCUCUGGUGUGAAUGCGCCCUUAGAUGCCUGAUUAGCUAAUAAAGGAGAGCCAGAGAGCCGGUGAUGUGGCCCUCUGUGUCACUGCAGACAGGAACUGCUUUGAAUAAUGGCACAAAUAGAGCCAAUACAAAGAGGCACAAAGACUUUUUUGUGAAUAUGUGAACAUUUUAAGGACUUUUUGUCACAGAAUGAUUGUUCUUUCACUUUUGGGUCCCAAGAAAUGGGUAAACAAGUUUGUGCAAUAAGAACCCUCAGUUGUUAUUGUUUACUGUGUGACACGCAUAAAAAUCUUAUUGUGGAGACGUGAGGAUAAAACAUGAAAAUGAAUUGUCAUGGUUGUGUUAUAUGUUGACCUAUAAGAGCUUCUGUCCAUCAGUGUCUUAAAUACUGGUCAUAUGAGCCAUCAGUGAACAUGAGUGAAAAAAUACAUUGGCUGUAGAAGACAUUAUAAAUCAGAACCAUAGUCUGAACAAAGGGGGCGCCAAAAUGAGCACAAACUGAAAGUUCCUCAUGGGAGCUUGAAAAGCCAUUUGUAGAAGAAGAAAAAAAAAAGUUUACGUGUGUUGUUCACUUAUUUCUAGAGAUACAGGCAUAAUCCAUACAGGAACAAAUAAAAGUUUACAGUUUAUUUAAAAUAACGUUUCAACUACAGAAAAAAGCUAUUGUUAUUAGAGCAAUAAAGCAAAGCGAGCAUUUAUAGUUAGCGAUAAAUAAAUGGUAAAUAUCAGUUACAUUUCUUUUCUGACAGUGUAUGAUUUUUCAUGGUUCAUAAAUCAAGGCACUAGUUAGCCUUUUUCAUGAUGUCUUCCUGGAAAGUGGUGCCUAAAAGUUGUGGGAAAUAAUUUCGAGACAUAAUGUUGACCUAAAAAUGAAUUAGGAGUCUUUAUUUUUGUUUAGUUUUGUCUUGCUCUGCUGGGGAGUUUGACGCAUGUCUGUGGUUAAAAACGAUGAUACAUAUCUUGGUUAGAACUGUAUCAUAUUUUAUUGGGGUGAUGUGCCGCUGACUCUCCUGACAGACCGCUGAUUUACAGUAUUUGUAAGACGUCCUCGUGACAUCAUCAGCCUGCUCGUCAUCGUGCGCACUCUGCGCGCGCUCCGUGCCAAGAACACAGCCUACUUCAGGGAGGCUGGCGAGUGUGGGAGAGGAGAGGAGAGGGGGGUGUGGAGGGAGAGUUAGGAGGUUUUUUUUCCCCUUCUGGUCCAGGUCCUGAGGGGUCUCCUUCUCUAUAUAAGGCGCUGUGAGUCGCUCUGGAGUUACACAGCUCCUAUGUGCUUCAGGAAGUCUUCUAGCCAGCAGCAGCCGGGAGAACUCACAGGGAGUAAGAGAGCUCUAGAGGAAACUGCUACAAAAGAUUGAAGCUACAGGAUAACUGAGAGUUAAAGGUUGCGUCUGAAUCUCCGAGGAUCAGCUCUCUGCCGUUGUCUGAAAGUCAAAUCUCAGAUAGCUGAAGUGUCAGAAUGACCUACGCCGUCAUGACCUGGCUGUCUGUCCUUUCCCUCUCCCUCCUGCUGGUAUGUGUCAGGGACUCAGCCUCCCUCUUCCUGCCUGACUCCAAGGAGCUCAGGCAGCUGCUGAGCCGCUAUGAAGAGGAAGCGGACCAAAACGGCAACAGUGACACGGCUGGCAACAGGACCAGACGAGCCAUCCGGUGGUCAGACCGUGAGGAGAUCCUGCAGCUGCACAAUAAGCUGAGGGGAGGCGUCUACCCCACUGCCUCAAAUAUGGAGUUCAUGGUCUGGGAUGAUGAGUUGGAGCGGAGUGCCACUCACUGGUCAGAGCAGUGUCACUGGGACCAUGGGCCUCAGGACCUGCUCCCAUCUAUUGGACAAAACCUGGCUGUGCACUGGGGAAGAUACCGCCCUCCUAGCUUCCAUGUUCAAGCCUGGUACGAUGAAGUGAAAGACUACACCUACCCCUAUCCCCAUGAGUGCAACCCUUGGUGUCCAGAACGCUGCUCAGGGCCCAUGUGCACCCAUUACACCCAGCUGGUCUGGGCCACCACAAACCGAGUAGGCUGUGCCGUGCACACGUGUCCGAGGAUGGACGUGUGGGGAGAAAUAUGGGAGAACGCCAUUUACCUUGUGUGCAAUUAUUCCCCAAAAGGCAACUGGAUCGGUGAGGCUCCUUACCAGCAUGGCCGCCCUUGUUCCCAGUGUCCCCCCAGCUACGGAGGAGGAUGCAGGAAUAAUUUGUGCUUCAAAGAUUCUGAGCAUUCAGAGACGGAGGACAUGAACGAGGUAGAGAAGCCUCAGGUUCCACUGCCACCUCGUACCACCGCCAAACCUGCUCCCAAACCUAAACCGUCCCCUCCAAAGAAACCAGCAUCCAAACCCUCCAGUCCUAAACCCAGCACACCCAGGGUGCCAUCAUCAAAGACUCCCAGCAGCACCUUUCUUGCUCAGAACAUUAAAUGUGAGACGCGGCUGCGAGAUAAAUGUAGAGGUGCAACCUGCAACAGAUACAAGUGCCCUGCUAACUGUGCUAAUAAGAAAGGAAAGGUUUGGGGAACUCUCUUUUAUGAUGUGCAAUCAAGUAUUUGCCGAGCUGCAAUUCAUUUUGGUGUGAUCGACAACAAUGGAGGAGUGGUCGACGUCACAAGGAUGGACAAGUUCCCAUUUUUUGUAAAAGCCACAAAGAAUGGCAUCGAGUCUCUUAGUAAAUACAAACCUGGCAAUGCCUUUGUGGUGGCCAAAGUGGAAGAAAUGACUGCUGACUGCUACACCACAGUGGCUGAAAUCUGUCCUUACAAAAAGCCCAACACAAACUGUCCUAGAAUCUUCUGCCCAGACAACUGCAAGACUCAGCCUUCUUAUUGGUCGCCUGUGAUUGGGAACAACAUCUACGCAGAGGGCUCCAGUAUCUGUAAAGCAGCCAUCCAUGCAGGGGUACUCAAACCUGACGGUGGUCUAGUGGAUGUUCUUCCACUGGACAAAAGAAAGAGUUACGUUGGAGUUCUGAAAAAUGGCAUCCAGUCUGAGAGCAAGAGCAACUUGGAGGGAGGAUCUUUCCGAGUUUUUACUGUGAGGGUGUGAGACUCCUUUCAGAAAUCCAAAGACCAACAGAGUCACCUCAGCUGCUCCUGAAGGACACAAAGUGCCCACAGGCUGGACAACAUGGCUGUUCCUCUGUCUCUGUGGCUCCACCUUCAGUGGAAACAGAGCAUCCCAACAGGCUGAUGGACACAAAUCCCACCCUCCUUUGUUUAUAACUAGUUGCCAACUUGUAGUUGUUGCCCAAUACUUGGAUGGACUUCAUUUCCCCCCUUUUUUGACUCUACAUAUGGAUAUUUCUUAUAACUUACCUUAUCUGUGAAUACAGAAUGUUCAGACAUAUUAUGAUGCAUUACACACCUGGUGCUGCAAAAUGACAAAAAGUAUUAUGUUUACAUCAAUGUUCCUAUAACAAAUAUAAUUGCUUUUCAUGCACAGGAAUGUAAACUGAUCACACUGUUUUUAAUCAUUGUGUACAGAAUAUAUGAUUUUAUUUGACUGGGUAUGAUGUAUUUACAUUUUUGAUUAUCCUCAUGUUUUUUCUGCUCACCUGGAUAAUACCCAGUUUAGCUGAUUAUUAUUUAGGCCUAACCUGAGUCUAAACUGUGUUAAUAGGUUAAAAGGUGUGCUCAUUGUGGAGUGAUGUGUUCGGGUUGACCCAGACACAAAGGAUUAGAAACAGUUUGGUAAGUAGAAGUAUAGAGAAGCAGCAGGCACUGCUGUAGUUAGAUAAUGUGUCUCCCUCACUGGCUGACACGUGGAGGUGAAUCAGAGAAAUUGGUACAUUGAUAAGUUGCUGUAAUUUGAGGGUCCUUAGAGCAGUGGAGAUAUUGUAGAUAUAUGAAACAACAUUAACAGACAGUAGAUGUGUUUAACGUAACAAGAGGUCAUUUUGUGAUAUUAUAUUUAUUAUUGCCUUAUGCUUUUCUUUUCUUCUCAUUUCUAUUGACUCUUCAUAAUGAAUGAAAUUCUACAUUUUCUUCCCGCUCCCCCACCUAAGACAAAUGAAUGUGUCACAUGAUUUGAUGUUUCAUGUUUUAUGCAAGUCGGUGAGUAAAUUAACAGAUCCCAGCAUCAAGCUGAAUGUUAAUGCAUAAUAUACACACUUAAGUCUAUCACUAUAUUGGUUCUGCUGCCAUUUUACAGCCCUGAUUUAGAAACUUUACUUUUAUUUUUUACUGUUUACACUUGUUGUGAUUUAUUUAUCUUCGUCUUAUCAUCUCUGCUAUGUCACCUUAAUAUAAGGAAAACCCAGUCUGUUAUUUAGGAAUGUGUGGCCAAGCUAGAUUCCUAAAUAAAACAGAGUACCAGUAAAUCUUGCUGUUAAUGUCUUAGUAAUCUGGCCAACAAAAAUAUUUUUAUGAAAUCUCUUCCUGUAUGAUAAUGGAACUUUAUCCUUUACUCUACCUCAGUCCUAUCGCUAUGCUGUGCAUUUAGGCCUUGACUUCAUGGGUAUUUGUAUGGGAAAUGUUACAGAUUUUGUAAAAUUAUGGAAAAUGUAAAUACUAGGAUUUUUUACUAGAACAAUCUGUCAUUCAGUAGAUAUGUAUAAAUGUGCUUUUUUGUGUUUAUACAGGUGUAGGAUUGGUUCCAUGUUGUUUUGCACAAUUUGAAAAUAAAGUAUGAUUUACAAAAGCAA